GAGACCGGGAUGGCGCAUUUUCUUGCACCGAGUAAUGCGGCGUCGCUGGCUGCUGAGGAGGGCGGAGAGUUCGGUGGUGAAGUAGGGGGAGGGAUUCAUGUAGGCGUCAGGAGGAGCCUCGCUCUCAGCGGCAGAGUGGGAAGUUGAUGUUGGGUGUUGCUACUCCUCGGACCGGCGGCGUAUAAGACAAUGGAAAAGACUCAAGAGACAGUCCAAAGAAUUCUUCUAGAACCCUAUAAGUAUUUGCUUCAGUUACCAGGUAAACAAGUGAGAACCAAACUGUCACAAGCAUUUAAUCAUUGGCUGAAAGUUCCAGAAGACAAACUACAGAUUAUCAUCGAAGUGACAGAAAUGUUACAUAAUGCCAGUUUGCUCAUCGAUGAUAUCGAAGACAACUCAAAACUCCGACGUGGCUUCCCAGUGGCACACAGCAUCUAUGGAAUUCCAUCUGUCAUCAAUUCUGCCAAUUACGUGUAUUUCCUUGGCUUAGAGAAAGUCUUAACCCUUGAUCACCCUGAUGCAGUGACACUUUUUACCCGCCAGCUCUUGGAACUCCAUCAGGGACAAGGCCUAGAUAUUUACUGGAGGGAUAAUUACACAUGUCCCACAGAAGAAGAAUAUAGAGCUAUGGUACUGCAGAAGACAGGUGGCCUGUUUGGAUUGGCCGUGGGUCUCAUGCAGUUGUUCUCUGAUUACAAAGAAGAUUUAAAGCCGCUGCUGAAUACACUUGGACUCUUUUUCCAGAUUAGAGAUGAUUAUGCUAAUCUACGCUCCAAAGAAUAUAGUGAAAACAAAAGUUUUUGUGAAGAUCUAACAGAGGGAAAGUUCUCAUUCCCGACUAUUCAUGCUAUUUGGUCAAGGCCUGAGAGCACCCAGGUGCAGAAUAUCCUGCGCCAGAGAACAGAAAACAUAGAUAUUAAAAAAUACUGUGUGCAUUAUCUUGAGGAUGUAGGUUCAUUUGAAUACACGCGGAAUACUCUCAAAGAGCUUGAAUCUAAAGCCUACCAACAGAUCGAUGCCUGUGGUGGGAACCCUGAGCUUGUAGCUCUAGUACAGCACCUAAGCAAGAUGUACAAAGAAGAAAAUGAAUAAACCAUUCUUGAUGGGAUCUGAUAGCUGAUUUUAGUUAGUUUUUAAAUUUUUUCUUUCAGCCUUAUCACCCUUUUACAAAUUCAGACCAAGCUAUUAAUUUCCCAAAGCAAGAAAAUAGGGAUAAUAUGAGUGAAAUUUUCAAUUUCAACCCCACUGUACAUACAUAAUCACAAUACAAAAUUGAAAGAAUCCAGAGCCAUAUUUGUGUAGGUCUCAUUUGAGUUGCCGUGACAGGACAUUGUGACCAUUUCUGCUCUGCUACCAUAAGUGUCUGCUUACUCUGUUGAUAAAAGAAAAAAAAUAAGACCUCAGUUUCCAGGAA